UUCUGUCUUCUGUUCAAACGAAUGACAGCACUGCUUCCCUCGUCCUUUUCAGGUAGACGCAGUUCUACAAAGAGCAAUCCUUACCAGACCUCUCUUUCAGGUGAAGCAACCUCCUCACCCCAUUCCAGUGUGAGAAACACAUUCUUGAUGACAUCACAGGUGCCAAAAAUGACAACAUCCGCAGACUCCACUCCAGGAACCAAAGAAGAAACAUCAACAAUUGGAAGUAAAAACACUGCCCUAGUCACCUCAGCAGGCUCAGUAACAGCUACACUAGAGGGACAAUCAACAGCAACUUCUUUGAGAACCUCCAAUCAGGAAAUAUCAGCUUCAUCUCAGAACCACCAGACUCAUGGCACGGAGACCACCAGGGAAGCUCAAACCACCACCGUUACCCAGAUGUCCACAUCACCUCUUUCAUCCCCCCCAAGUGUACACAAUGUGACAGCAACUGUUUCUCAGGAGACAGCACCUCCAGGCGAAAAAAUCACCUCAUCCCCUGCCAGUGUCACCAACACGUCCAUGACGACACCAAAGGUGACAAGCUUCAGAGACUCCACUCUUGGAAACAUAGGGGAGACAACAACACCUGUUACUGAAAGUCUCAGGCCAGUCACUUCAGCAGGCUCAGUAACAGGUGAGUCAGAAGGACAAUCAGCAGAAGCUUCCUCAAGGUCUUCUAUCCAGGGCACAACAGCUUUUUCUCAGAACCAGCAGACUCAGAGCACAGAGACCACCAGAGAAUCUCAAACCAGUACCCUCACACAGAUGAUUACAUCAACUCUUUCCUCCUCCCCAAGAGUACACAACGUGACAGGGACUGUUGCUCAGGAGACAUCCCCUCCAGCUGAAAAAACCACCUCAUCUCUUUUCAGUGUCAGCAACACACCCAUGAUAUCGAAGACUAGAACAAUGACAGCCUUUACAGAGUCCACUUUUAAUAACACUGAGGAGACAUCAACACCUGCAACUGAAAGUCCUACUCCAGUCCCCUCAGCAGCCUCUGUAACAGCUGAGCCAGAAGGACAAUCAACAGCAGUUUCCUCAAAGACCUCUGCCCGGGAUAUAUCAGCCUUUUCUCAGAACCGCCAGACUCAGAGCAUGGAGACCACCAGAGAAGCUCAAACAAGCAUGGUCACGCAAAUGUCCACAUUAACUCUUUCGUCCUUUCCGAGUGUACACAACGUGGCAGGGGCUGUUUCUCAGGAGACAUUCCCUUCAGGUGAAACAACCACCUCAUCUUCUUCCAGUGUCAGCAACACACCCAUAAUGACAUCAAAGACUAGAACAAUGACAGCUUUUACAGAUCCCACUUUUAACAACACCAAGGAGACAUCAGCACCUGGAAGUGUAAGUUCUACCCCAGUCCCCUCAGCAGCCUCAAUAACAGCUGAGCCAGAAGGACAAUCCACAGCAACUGCUUCAAGGACCUCUACUCUGGACACAGCAGCAUUUUCUCAGAACCACCAGACUCAGGGCAUGGAAACCACCAGAGAAGCUCAAACCAGUACCCUCACACAGAGAACUACAUCAACUCCUUCCUUUUCCCCAAGUGUACUGAAUGUGACAGACACUGUUUCUCAGGAGACAUCCCCUCCAGAUGAAAAGACCACCUCAUUCCCCUUCAGUGUCAGCAACACACCCAUAUUGACAUCAAAGAUUAUAACAAGGACAACCUUUGCAGAGUCCACUUUUAAUAAUACUGAGGAGACAAUGCCUGUUACUGAAGGUCGUCAGCCAGUCACUUCAGCAGUCUCAAUAACAGGUGAGCCAAAAGGACAAUCACCAGAAAAUUCCUCAAGAUCCGCUAUCCAGGGCACAACAGCUUUUUCUCAGAACCACCAGACUCAGAGCCUGGAGACAACCAGAGAAUCUCUAACCACCACCCUCACACAGAUGCCCAUAUCCACUCUUUUUUACUCCCCAAGAGUACAUAAUGCAACAUGGGCUGUUUCUCAGGAGACAUCUACUCCAGGGGAAACAACAACCUCAUCACCCCCCAGUCUCAGCAACGCACCUGUGAUGACAUCAGAGGAUAUAACAAUGACAACCUCCACAGACUCCACCCUUGGAAACACAGGGGAGACAUCAACACCACUUACUGGAAGUUCUAUGCCAGUCACCUCAGCAGUCUCAAUAACAACUGAGCCAGAAGGACAAUCAUCAGCAACUUCCUUAAGGACCUCUACUCGGGACACAUCAGCUUCUUCUCAGAACCACCAGUCUCAGGGCACGGAGACCACCAGAGACGCUCACACCAGCACCCUCUCACAGAGAACCAUGUCAACUCUUUCCUCUUCCCCAAGUGUACUGAAUGUGACAGACACUGUUUCUCAGGAGACAUCCCCUACAGAAGAAAUGACCACCUCAUUCCCCUCUAGUGUCAGCAACACACCCAUAAUGAAAUCAAAGACUGUAACAGUGACAACCCUUGCAGAGUCCACUUCUAAUAUCACUGAGGAGACACCAACCCCUGGAACUAGAAGUCCUACUCCAGUCCCCUCAGCAGCCUCCAUAGCAGCUGAGCCGGAAGGACAAUCCACAGCGGCUUCCUUGAGGACCUCUAUCUGGGACACAUCAGCCUCUUCUCAGAACUACCAGAGUCAGAGCACAGAGACCACCAGGGAAUCUCACACUAGCAUCCUCACACAGAUGAUCACAUCAACUCCUUCCUUCUCCCCAAGUGUACACAAUGUGACAGGGACUGUUUCUCAGGACACAUCUCCUCCAGGUGAAACAACUGCCUCAUUCCUCUCUAGUGUCACAAUGACAUCAAAGAUGAUAACAAUGACAACCUCUACAGACUCCACUGUUGGAAACACAGUGGAGACAUCAACACCACUUACUGGAAAUCUUAUGCCAGUCACCUCAUCAUCCUCAAUAACAGCUGAGCCAGAAGGACAAUCACCAGCAACUUCCUCCAGGACCUCGGCCUCGGACACUGCAGGUGUUUCUCAGAACCAUCAGAGUCAGAGCACGGAGACCACCAUAGCAUCUGAUACCGACACCCUCACACAGAGGCCUACGUCAAGUCUUUCCUCCUCCCCAGGUGUACUCAAUGUGACGGAGACUGUGUCUUGGGAGACAUCCUCUCCAGAUGAAACGACUACCUCAUUCCCCUCCAGUGUCAGCAGCACACUCAUGAUGACAUCAGCAAUGCCAUCCUCCACAGACUCUACUCUUAAAAGUACAGAGGAGACAUCAACACCUGGAACUAAAAGUUCUACCUCAGUGAACUCAGCAGUCUCAAUAACCGCUGAACCAGAAGGACAAUCACAAACAACUUCUUCAAGGAACUCUAUCCAGGACACAUCAGCUUCCUCUCAGAACCACCAGAUUCAGAGCACAGAGACCACCAGAGAGUCUCAAACCAACACCUUCACACAGAUGUCCACAUCAACUGUUUCAUCCUCCCCAAGUGUACACAAUGUGACCACAACAGUUUCUCAGGAUACAUUUCCUCCAGAUGAAAAGACUGCCUCAUUCCUCUCUAGUGUCACGGACACAUCCAUGAUGACAUCAAAGGUUAUAACAAUGGCAACCUCCACAGACACCACUCGCGGAAACACCGCGGAGCUACCAACACCACUUACUGGAAAUAUGCCGGUCACCUCAUCAUCCUCAAUAACAGCUGAGCCAGAAGGACAAUCACCAGCAACUUCCUCAAGGAUGUCUACCCAGGACACAACAGCUUUUUCUCAGAACCACCAGACUCAGAGCAUGGAGACCACCAGAGAUGCUCAAACCAGCACCCUCCCGCAGAGAACCACAUCAACUCUUUCCUCCUCUACAAGUGAACUCAAUGUGACAGAGGUUGUGUCUUGGGAGACAUCUCAUCCAGAUGAAAUGACCACCUCAGUCCCCUCCAGUGUCACCAACACACCCAUGAUGACAUUCAAGACCAUAACAAUGACAACCUCCACAGACUCGACUCUUGGAAACACAGAGGAGUCAUCAAUACCUGGAACUGAAAGUCCUGCCCCAGUCACCUCAGCAGCCUCAAUAACGGCUGAAGCAGAAGGACAAUCAAUAGCAAGUUCGUCAAAGGCCUCUACUCAGGACAUGUCAGCAUUUUCUCAGAAUCAUCAGACUCAGAGCAUGGACACCACCAGAGAAUCUCAAACCGCGACUGUCACAGGAGUGGUGACAUCAGCUCCUUUAACCUCAGCACGUAGACACACUCUGACAGGAAGCUUCUCUCAGGAGACAGCCCAUCCAGAUGAAAUGACCACCUCAUCCCUCUCUAGUUUCAGCCACACACCAAUGAUGACACCAAAAGUUAUGACAAGGACAGCCUCCACAGACUCCACUCUUGGAAACACAGGGGAGACAUCCGUACUCGUUACAGGAAGUCUUAUGCCCGUCACCUCAGUAGCCUCAAUACCAGUUGAACCAGAAGGAGAAUCACCUGCAACUUCCUCGAGGACUUCUACCCAGGACACAGCAGCUUUUCCUCAGAACCAGCAGACUCAGAGCAUGGGGACCACCAGAGUACCUCAGAUCAACACCCUCACACUGGUUGCAUCAACCGUUUUAUCCUCACCAAGUGGACUCAAUCUGAGUGGAACAGUUUCUCAGGAGACACUCCCUUCUGGUGCAACAACCACCUCAUCCCCUUCCAGUGUCAGCAACACAUUCCCGGCAACCUCAGAGGUGUUCAGAAUGCCAACCUCCACAGAUUCUACUCUUGGAAACACAGAGGAGACAUCACUAUCUGUAAGUGGAACCAUUUCUGCCAUCACUUCUAAAGUUUCGACCAUAUGGUGGUCAGACACACUGUCAACAGCACUCUCCCCCAGUUCUUUACCUCCAAAACUAUCCACAGCUUUUCACACACACCCGAGUGAGGGUGCAGAGACCACAGGACGGCCCCAUGAAAGGAACUCAUUCUCUCCAAGGGCAUCUCAUGAGACAUUUACUCCGCAUGAAACAACAUUGACUUCUUCAUUCUCCAGUGAAGGCCACACAACUUGGUUACCAAAAGAGCUGCCUUCAACACCAACAAGUGCUGCCACUAUGCUUGUCACAGCAAGUACCACUACGUGGACAGCUGGCGGUAUUCCAGGAGUCCCUUCUGAGGUCUCAACAAUCGGGGAACCAGGACAGCCCAGCACACGCCCCUCCCAUAGUACAACUCUCCCAGAAACAACAGGGGCAGGUGCCCAGACACAAUGGACAAAAGAAACGGGGACCACUGGAGAGGUUCUUGUCCACAGCCCAAAAUACAGCGUGACCCAGAUGACAAAAGCAGCCACAUCCGCAUCUUCCUCACCUAUGCUGGAUGGACACACACCACAACAAAUUACAAUGGCACCAUCAACAUAUCAUUCAACAACACAUCCCGUAAACACCUCUCCUCAGAGAUCAUCGGCUGUUUCCCAGGGAGGUCACACUCCAGCCUCGAAGACCACACGAGAAUCCCAAGCCACGAGGUCCAUCUCCCCCUUGACUGACAGCCUCAAGACAGCCACCACCCCAGCUUCUUCCUUCACAGCCAGCGGACACUCGCCCUCAGAAACUGUUCCUCAGGACGCAUCCACCGUAAGUGCCGCAACAACCUUCACCCCAGCCCCCACCAGGGUUGGGCACACAGCCCAGGCCCCAACCACAGCACUGCAGGCGGCACCCAGCAGCCCUGGCGCCACCCUGGGGCCCUCAGGAGGCACAUCAUUUUCCAUCACAGGUGCCAUUCCUCCGGCCACCUCUGUGGUGUCAACACCAGUGGGCGCAGAAGGACGAUGGACAUCAGCCUCUGCCAGCACGUCACCCAACACAGUACCAGCUGUCACCCAAACCCACCAGGCUCGGAGCACAGAGGCCUCUGGAGAAACACAGACCAGCCAGCCGGCCUCCUCAGGGUCAGGUACCAUCGCAGCGGGCACAGCUACCCCUUCCUCAUCCAGGACGAGUGGCACAACACCUUCAGGAAGCCACGGAAUGUCCACCUCAGGCGAGAGCACGCCGCUCUCACCAAGACCCUCCAGGGACACUCACACCCCCCAGUCAACAAGCGAAUUGCAGUCCGCCUCAGCCAGUCCUGACGUCACCCCAGGAACGGGGUCCCCAUCAGCCAGUCCUGACGUCACCCCAGGAACGGGGUCCCCCUCAGCCAGUCCUGACGCCACCCCAGGAACGGGGUCCCCCUCAGCCAGUCCUGACGCCACCCCAGGAACGGGGUCCCCAUCAGCCAGUCCUGACGCCACCCCAGGAACGGGGUCCCCCUCAGCCAGUCCUGACGCCACCUCGGCAAGCGCGGGAACGGGGUCCCCCUCAGCCAGUCCUGACAUCACCCCGGCAAGCGCGGGGAUGGGGUCCGCCAUGGUCCCCUCUUCCCCCGCCCUGUCCCAGGUCCCCACCGCAGGGGCACCGCCAGGACAGGCCGGCCCCGCCUCCCCCAGCCCCCCUCCUCGGGAGACGUCCGCCGUUUCCCAGGCGGCGCGGACUCAGGGGACAGGGGCCGGCCGAGGGUCUGACUCCGUCGGCUUGGCGUCCCCGGCGACCCCUGGCACCCUGCGCCAUGUCGCGUCUCCUGCUCCCUCCACCGUGGUCUCCAGCAGGCAGGGCCCUUCGGCCACAAGCCAGAGCUGGGUCGUCCACGAGACCGCAGGGGCGGCGGUCCUGACCCCGGUCCACACCGGCCACGACGCCCUGACUGUGGCCACUGGGGCACCCGCAUCCUCUGUGGGUGUGUCAGGCAGGCCCAGCUCUGAACACCCUCCAGCCGCUCAAGGGGCGUCCCCCGCGACUAACCCCACCCCCAGGUCCACGCAUAGGAGCUCCACACCCAAGUACAGCGACGCAGCAGGUGCCACGCCGACGCCCUCUAUGUCCUCGGUCGACAGCACCCUGGAAGCUUCCGCAGCAUCACAGCACCCCGAGGCACCCGGAGGACGCAUCUCCCACUCCACUGCCAUCUCAGCACCCCGAGAGCGCGCCUCCCACUCCACCAGCAUCUCAGCACCCCGAGAGCGCGUCUCCCCCUCCACCAGCAUCUCAGCACCCUGA